AUGUCGCGCAUCCUCUAUCAGCAGCUCAACUCCAACAGCAAAGUGCCCUCGCAGCUGCAACCCAUCGCCAAUGCGUUGAAGGCCGGCUGCCGGCGAACCGCCCACAUGUUGAGCGCAUGGGUGACAGGGCCCGGACGGCACCUGGCGACGGCCGUGGGUGGCCGAGUGGUUCGGAGGGUGCGCGCAAACCUCUCGGCGAGGCGUGUAUUGAGCUUCCCGCACAUGCUGGUGCUGAUCUGGAUGGUGGUGUUGCUAUAUGGAGAGCGUUGGAUAUUCGAUAGCAAGGUCGCUGACUGCGACUGGGCUAGCUGGGAGAAAUGGCCCAAGGGAACGAAGCCUCACCACCUCAUCUUCGUCGCCGACCCCCAACUCAUCGAUCCGCACUCUUACCCGGGCCGCCCCUGGCCUAUUAAUCCGUUGACCGUCACCAUCACCGACAACUACCUCCGCCAUGGCUACAAAGCCCUCCAGCGCCACUUGCACCCGGACAGCGUCUUCUUCCUCGGCGAUCUCUUCGACGGCGGCCGCGAAUGGAAGACCCGCAAGGGCAAGUUCGUUGACCCUAAAUGGGGGUACCCUCGUCACAAAGACGAGAAGGCCUGGGUCGAGACCUGGCACAACAAAUACGGCGAGGAGUUCUGGAUGGAGGAGUACGAGCGCUUCGCCAACAUCUUCUUUGACAACUGGAAAGAGGGCAACGAAGCUCCGGGACCGUGGCAGCGUGGGCGGAAGCUCGUUGCGAGCCUGCCUGGAAACCACGACCUUGGGUUUGGCGCCCAGGUCCAAGUCCCUGUCCGGGACCGCUUCAGCGCCUUCUUUGGCGACGUAAACCGGGUCGACAUUAUCGGAAACCAUACCAUCGUGUCCGUCGACGGCCUCUCGCUGAGCGCCGGCACCUCUUCAUACAGGGACAAGCACGACCUACGACCAAUCUACGGCCCUGUCCAUCAAUUUCUCGACGACGUCAAGGCCAUCAAGCGGAGAGCCGUCGAGGGGGAGCUGAGCUUCUGGCACGGGACCGAGAAGCACUUCGCCCAUGAAGUCGAGGAGCUGAACAAGGCGGACCUGGGCCGGUUCCCCCAUCCGGAUGUCAGCGACGAGGCCCCUGAAUUCCCUACGAUUCUCCUCACCCAUGUCCCCCUGUAUCGCAACCCCGGCACCCCGUGCGGACCGCGCCGCGAACACUGGCCGCCGUCGAAGCCGCCCAAGGGCCAAGAGGGGCCGGUGAACCCGGAUAACCGUAACGCUAUCAGUGUCACGGGCGGAUAUCAGUACCAGAACGUCCUUAACGAGGUCGAUUCGGUUAAGCUUAUCAAGGACGUGGGCAACGUGAUCCAUGUCUUCUCCGGAGACGACCACGACUACUGCGAGGUGGUGCACUCCCCGGCCAAGGAAGGGGUGCGCGAGAUCACAGUUAAGAGCAUGAGCAUGGCCAUGGGUGUCCCGACGCCGGGCUUCCUUAUGGUCAGCUUGUACAACCCCGUCGAUGCGGAGGGCAAGCCACUGCCUGACGCCCCGGAGGCUACGCUCCAGACACAUCUGUGCCUCCUCCCCAACCAGAUCCACACGUACAUGCAAUAUAUCGUGUUUGGCAUUGCCACGGCCGUCCUCCUGACGGUUCGCGCACUGCUGGUUCCCGCCAUUCCACUCACACCCUUUGCUCUCGAGCCCAUCAAGACGCCUACUAUCCUGCCUGUAUACAAGGACAAGGUGGAACCUCCCGAGUCCUUCUCUGGUGGUAACCGAGCGCGUAGCACGUCGACGGGCGCUUCAUCUCAUUACAUGCCGUCACGGCUCUCUGCCGCUGCGCCGCGUGGGGUCCGGAGUACAUCGCCACACUCCUCACCAGCGGCACGGUGGCAGGCUCGUCGGGGCGGGCGCAGCUCGAAGCGGUGGGGAUGGGGAGACGACGGCGGGCCGCGGAUCCAUCUCGACACCAACCUGUACGACGGAGCGAAGACAGACCGACGUGUUGGUAGCCGGAAGGCGAUCGGCAUCGUGGGACGCGAGCUGUGGACGACGAUGUGGCGCGUCGUGUGGAUGGCAGCGCUGUUCUGGGCUUAUCUGACGCGACAGGGCUGA